AUGACUAACGAACAAGACAAAGACCGUAAAUUUCGAGAAAACGCUAAAAAACUCUAUGAGGCCACUGCCUCCAUCGGUUUAAAAAGUGCUGGUAAAACUGCCCUCAAUUUUGGCGUUGACACCGCCACUAAUCUAAUGACUGAACCAAAAAAGGCUCUCCAUACGGGCUUAGGAUUAAUGGAAAGAGGUUUAAAUGCUAUUCCGUUAGUGGGAGGAUUUUUUUCUUUUUUAACCGGAACCGCUAAAGAUGCUUUAACCGACCAAAAAUUUGAGGAAAUUGCUAAUCAAAUUCAAGGAGUUAAGGAAGGAUUAAAUUCUUUGGCUGAUGCGGUGGGGGAAGCCAUUGAUGGUUUACGAGGUGAAAUGCAAGAAGCCUUAGAAGCCAUGGGAGCCCGCCAAGACCAAUUAGAGCAAUUUACCAAAGCCUUUAAAGAGGAGCAAGACAAAGAUUUCGAAAAAUACAAACACCAAAUUAACGAAAAAACGGCGAAAACUGAGCAAGCCUUUGAAGACUUACAAGCCGAUUACACUCGCCACAAUAAAAUCUUAGAAACUCAAAUUAAAGAUAAUGAGGAACAAUUAAGCGAAUUCCAAGAAAAUUUAGCCAAUGUUGAAUCCGAACAAAAGAAACUUAAUUUAGAACACCAAGAAUUGGCCGAAACCCUCGAAGAGCAAGUCAAUUUAGCCUACCAACAGAAACAAAGAUUAGAUUUUGUGGUGAAUGAAAUAGAAGAGAUUGAAGAGCAGUUUAACCAACGAAUCACCACUCGUAAAGUAGAUGAAAUAGCCGAGAAGUUAGAAAAACAUAAUCAAAAAAUUGAUAAAUUAUCCGAGCAGAUUGACCAUAAUAAAAACGAUGUCGAAGCCAACUUAACUAAAAUUCAAAAAACCUUAGAACUCAAAGCCGAAGAAGCCCAAUUAUUAGCCAGUGAGCAUGAAACCGCUCCCUUAACUGACCCCGAGAAAAGAAAACCAGAAGAAGCCGCCCCUAGCCAGCAGAAACAGCAACAGCAGGAACAAACUGAACAAUCAGCCGAACCACCAAAAUCUCUCCAAGAAGUAAUUGAAAACACCAAAAGUCAAUUAUUAGAACAACUCCAAGAAGUUCAGGAGCAAGUCCACCAAAAUAUUACUCCCUUAGAAAAAACUACUGCUCCCCAAGAAGAUAGUGAGAGUGAAAGCGAAGAGGAAGAAAUUAAGGAGUUAGAGCAAAAAGAAAAGCAAUUAAUCAGUGAAAAAACCCAAGCCCAAACUAAACUUAUCCAAGCCCGUAAUCAACAGCAAGCCACCCAACAGCAAAAAGCCCAAAUUCAAGCCGAAAUAAUUAAGGAACAGAAACAAAUCCAAAAAAUAGAGCAAAGUCUAGAAGUCAAAAAAACUGAAGAACAAAUUUUAGAAGACAACCCAGAAACUCCCACUUUAAAAAAGAUUGAAGAGAAAAUCCAAGAAAUUAAAGAAUCGCAAUCUUCUACGGCCGCUCCCCAAAAAUCAAUGAGCCUUUACAUGCUUUAUCUAAUUAUUUUCUUAUUAGAGUAUAUUGUGAUUGAAACCAAAAAAGAGGAAUUAGUCCAAGCCCAAGAGGAAUUUGCCGAAGAAACUGUCCAAAAGGAAACUGAAUACAUCGAAAGACUACAAGAAGCCGAACAAACCUUAGAAAAAGUUAAAGAGAGAACUAAAAACUUAAAAACAGUAAACUUCUCGGUUUUAAGUCAAGGGGUCGGCACGGCUGGCAAUAUUUUCUUUACCAAUCAAGAAGAAGAUUAUUUAACUUCACCAGUCGCUCAAGAAUUUCUCCGUUUGACACAAGCAAGUGGUAUCCCUUUAAAUCCCGAAGAACAAGCCUUAGUGGAGAAAAUCCAAACCAAACAAAACGAGCAAGUUUAUCAGGAAAUUUCCCAAACCCUGGCUAAAAUACCGGCUUAUCCACCUGAAAUUAAAAAAAUUUUAAGCAAAUUACUAACUAAUUUAAAGGAAGAACAAAUUCUGGCUUUGGCUGCCCAAUCUCUUUAUUUACGAAAUAACCCAGAAUUAGAAAAAAUUUAUUCUUUUCUAACCAACGAGCAAAAAUUAACCAUGCUAAACUCAGGCUUAGAUAAUCUGCAAAUAAACACUACGGAAAAAAAGAAAGAAUUAUUAAAUAUUCGCAUGGCUUGUCGGGAAGAAGAAAGAGCCUUUGACCUAUCCAUCAAGGAAAAAGAAAAUAUUUUACGACUGAUUACUAAUAAAAUAAGUGGAGAACAAUUAAAAACUUAUGAAGAAUACGGAGUUCCUAUUUAUAAUGCGGCUACCGAAGACUUAAUUACUAUUGACCAGCCAGCAGAGUUAAUUAAUAGUGGUCGAGAUAAUUUAGAGAAAUUUCCCCUUUCCUCCCACCAAGAACAAAUUAUUAAAACUUUGGCUCCUUUGCAAAGAGAAUAUAAUUAUUCGGAGGAAUUAUUAAGUAAACUUCGAACUUUACCCAGUCGACAGUUCCUGACCCAGCAAGAAAUUAUUCCUUUGGAGUAUCAAAAAACAAAAGACCCUUAUAAGGAACUAAAAAAAGCAGUUUUAGGGAAAAAAUAUAAAUUAGUUCGGGAAGAAUUUAGGCACCAAGCAAAAGAAGAAAUUAUAAAACAAAAACAAGCCAUUCGCAGUUCUUUUUUACCUGCUUUACUCUUUUUCGCCCAAUUGAAUCCAACUGAUUUAGCCAAUCAAGAAUACCGUUUAUCCAAAGAAGUCUUUGGCGAAGAAAAGGAUUGA